AUGGUGACUCGCGUACUACCAGAAGACUUCGCACUCAUUCCUGACGAAAAUCCAGACAAAAUUCAUGCUCAAUUCGAUGAACUAAGAUCAAAAUGCCCCGUUGCGCACUCAACCGCUAAUGGCGGCUACUGGGUUUUAUCCCGCUACGACGAUAUCCAACGCUGCGCUACAGAUCAUGAAAUGUUCGUUUCGUCUGUCAAAGCUGUGAUUCCGAGUGACCCGCGUGGAACACGUCGACCACCUUUGAACACCGAUCCUCCAGCACAUACCCCCUACAGGACGGCGCUAGAUCGGACUCUGAAACCCACCCGCAUCAAGAGACUUGCCCCUAUUCUGACAGAACAUGCAAGACGAGAGUUCUCCAAAAUUGUCGAGCGCGGUUACGGAGAUGUCUGUGCCGAGUUUGGUGCCUCUUUCGCAGCGUGGGUGGAGGUAAGCUGGCUCAAUCUAACAGAUGAGACGGCACCAAAGCUUGCAACGACGGCAGCUGCGUGGAUCAAUGCGUGGAGGUUGCAGAAUAAGGCCGAAACUGUAGCGCAGUCUGAGAAGUUAUAUGAUAUUGCGCGAAAAUUGUUUGCGGAACGGCGACAGUCACCUUUAGAUCCGGAGCAGGAUCCGGCUUCAUCCUUGCUAUUGGAGAAGGGACCAGAUGGUCAGCCGUUGACUGAUGAGUUAUUAAUCGGUGCUCUCCGCCAGUCCCUAGUCGUGGGCAUGGUGGCUCCUCCAAUUCUCAUCGGAGACAUGUGCAGCCAUCUAUCCCAAGACAAAGACCUCCAACAAAAGCUCCGAGCUGAUCCAACUCUAAUUAAUGCCGCGGUUGAAGAAUUUGUCCGCCUAUACGUCCCAUACAGAGGAUUCUCGCGCACACCCAAAGAAGACGUCGAGAUUCAUGGCGUCAAAAUUCAUGCCAGAGAACCUAUUACAAUGACAUAUGCAGCAGCAAACCGAGAUCCAGAAGUCUUUCCAGAUCCGCACACAUUUGUACUAAACAGACCUAAUGUGACGUCGCAUCUGGGAUUUGGUCGUGGUCGACAUCGAUGUGCGGGGAUGCCUUUGGCUAGAAUCAGCUGCGAUACUUCGGACGACAAUCUUGUCUGGGAAGAAAGCCAAGCAUUCUGCAGCGAUUUCGGAGUCUCAAUCACAAAACUUGCGGAAUCAGCUUGUUCGAGUACAUAUUCCUAUUCCAUACCGACGACGUAUCCGACCAAUAUAGCUUCAUAUUUAUCAUUCUUGACUGCGACUGCGAGUGUAACGACAACCAAAACCGGAACCGCAACUGCGACUCCCAUUACAGUCACAAACACUAUAUCCAUCUCUGGCGGCCAAGCCACCACCGUCACAAUCACAUAUACACCCACUGCCACAGGCGUAGCAGCAGGGACCACUUCCACGACUUCCUCAAGCAGCGAUUCUUCCUCCGGCAGCGGCAGCAGUAUCGGCAGCAGUGGCAACAACGACCAAAAAGACACAUCCGGCCUCAGCCAAGGCGCAAAAAUAGGAAUUGGCGUUGGUGCCGGAGUAGGCGGUCUCGCUCUCAUCGGCGGCAUGAUCGCUUUAAUAGUUUACUGUUGUUCUCGUCGUCGUCGAGGACGACGUAACACCAACGCAGCCGCAACCGCUACAACAUCUUCAACUGCAUAUACGCCCGUAAACAUGGUGGGAGAAGACGACAAGGCAAACGCAGCUGGGAUACCAAUGUAUAACGAACUCAAACCCGAGCUGGAUGCGCAGCAGGAGGCGGAACAACAACGAUUACAGCAGCAGAUAGAUCAAUUGCAACAGCGAUUACAGCAGCAGCAGCAGCAGCACAAUCCAGCGGCUGUGCCUGCAUCGGCGUUUCCGCCAGGCCUUGCGGCGCCCAUUUCGCCUAUUAGUGAUGGAUCGGGGAGGACGAGUGAAUUACCUUCUGAGUCGCAGGGGUAUUAUCAGCACCCCGAUGGAGGGGCGCAGGAAUUGGGUGGUGUGUCGCCGUACCAACAUCAGCAGUAUCAGUAUCAUCAUGGGGUUGUGACGCAGGCUGAGAUGCCGGGGGAUCCGGGACAUGCUGUUGGGCAGAAUCAGGGCAAUGUGAGGUAUGAGUUGCAAUGA